AUGAAAAAGCUUAAAGAGAAGACUUCAAAUAAUGAAAUAAAAUUACAAAAAUACAUGGAUAAAAUAUGGGGUUUUUCGGAUGACGAAAAAAGGUUAUUGAAUGAAAAAUCAAAAAAAAAAGAUAAAAUUAAAAAAAAUACGUAUGCAGAGAAUAAAAAACUUAACAUUGAUGAUGAGAAAAAAAUAAUAAGUGAUUUAAAAAAUAAAGAACAAAAUGAUAAUUUAAUUAAUAAAGUUAUGUUAAAAAAGGAUAACAAUCAACUUAACAGUAUCAAUAUGGAUGAAAAGAAAAAAAAAGAGAAUCAAAAAAAAGUUAAAUCUAAAAAUCAUUUAAAUGUAACAAAUAAUGUAAAUGAAAAAAUGAGUGUAUUAAAUAAUAUUCAAAAAAAAGAAAAUAUAGAAAUACAUUCUUCAGAUCGAAGAUUAAAAGAAAAAAAUAACAACAUUAAAAAGAGAUUUGAAAAAAAAAAUCAUAACAAAUUUGAUGAAUCGAAAAAAAAAGAAAUAUAUAAAGAAAAAAUGAAAUUAAAAAAGGAUUUUAUGGAAACAGUACACGAAAUUAGAAAAAUAUCAUUACCAUUUUUAAAUAAAUUUCAAAAAAAAAUUGUAGAAAAUCAUCAAAUUAAAACAUUAGGAGGAAAAUUUGACAAAAGUAGAAAAAUUCAUUAUCCUGAACUUAUGUGCCGUAAGAAAUCCAUGAAAAAAUAUAUAUCAAAAAGAAAAGAGAAAGAAAAAAUAUUAGGCGUUAAGAUUCAAAGUGGUAAUUAUAUUGAUAUGCAAGAUGUUUUUAGAAAAAAGAGAAAAGAAAAAAAGAUACAAAGAAAAUUAUUUUGA